AUUUCGUAUAAAAGGUAUAAAAUUGCGUAGAGUAGCAUAGUUUGUUCAUACAACUUACUAAAUCAGCCAAUAUGAAAUCCCUGCUGAUUGCUUUCGCCGUCAUUGCCGUGGCCGUGGCUGGCCCCGCCGGACGUGGCUUGAUCGUCCCAGGCCCCGCUGGACCCGCCCCCGUCAUCGACGCCGACAACCAACCCAUCAAUGUCGUUGACACCCCCAUUGCCGUGGGACCCGCCAUCGUCGAUGGAUUGACCCCUAUCGCCAUUGGACCCGCCAUCGUUGAUGACUUCCAGCCCAUCGCCAUCGGGCCCGCCAUCGUUGACGAAUUCCAGCCCAUCGUUAUUGGACCUGCUAUCGUUGAGGACAUCCAGGAGGUUAACCCUGCCCCCGUCGUCGUCGGACCCACCCCCGCUGCUGAGGCUUCUCAGAGCUCUCCCCUCGUCCAGAUCAUCGUGAACGUGAACGCCGGCAACCCCGCCGGAGUCAUCUCCCCCGAGGCCGUCGUUAAGCCCGAGGCCGUCGCUGAGCCCGAGAUCGCUCCUGAGCCCGUCUCCGUCGUGGAGCAGCCCAUCCUCAUCCCCACCCCCGUGGUGCUCCCCCAGCCCGUGGCGCCCGUCGUCGUCCCUGAGCCCGUGGUCGUUGUUGAGGAGCCUUCUCUGCCCGAGCCCGUGAUCGUUGUUGAACCCUCUCUGCCCGUGGCUCCCACCCCCAUCGGCGUCGGCGAGCCCGUCCUCCCCAUCGGCGUGCAGCCCGUCGUCCUCCCUGAGACCCUCAACUAAAUUAAGUUUUAAUGUAGACAAUUGAUUUAGAAUAUGGCUAAUUAAUGAAUUAUGUUAAUAAUUUGGUUAAUUGGACUUAGUUUCUGAAGCGAGGGAUCUGCGGACUUUCUACCGACAUCUUGAAACGCUGCGUCCUAACAAAAUAAUAAAGAUCUAAUCCCGA